GCUUCUUGCUUGGGGGCCAGGUAGGUGGGCAUCAGCCUCUGAGGACAAAGAAGCUGUGGGAAACACUCAGGAGGGCCUCACUGCCAGUUAGAGUUCAGUAAGCCCCCACAUACAGGGCAGCAAUGCCCCCGAUACCCACCAAGUGCCACAGUCAGGCAGUCAGGCUGGGGGUGGUGGACUGUGUGGCCACAGCAGGCUGGCUGGUGGCUCUGUGGUUCCCUGGGCCUCCUGAGGUUCACUGGCCGACAACCCAGCCUCUUACCACUUCUCCUUCAGGCAGGAUCUGGAGGUGGGUCCAGGACUCACUCAGGGUCCUGGUCUGGGGUCUCCCUGGAAGCUGCUGGUAACAAACAGCCCCUCCCCUUUUGGUGCUGGUAUCCAUGGCAGCACUGUAAAGCCUUUCUUUCCCUAGGCCUGCUUGGGUUUCAGGCCUCAGGUGAGUGUUGGGGGUAAGGCCCUGGGUCUGGGGGCAUCACGGGCAAAGGAUUAACACCUCUGGGGACCUUUGCCUUAGGCUGAGGGCAGGACCUCAGGUCGUAGAGGGCAAGGGUGACAGAGAGACAACAGGAAAUGUGCAAACAUCCUGGUGACAUGUUGCUUGGGGAAGGGGGUGGGGGACAGUUAUCUGCUGCCUUGUCCUGGUCAGAAACACACAGACAUAGACACACAUGUGGCCGGCAAUCUGGUGUCCUGGGGGCGUGCACGUGCGCAUGCACACGCACGUGCGCACACACACAAGGGCAUUUUUGGAGUGAUGCUGUCUAGGGCUGUCAGACACAGGCACACACUUGUGGCCAUGAAAGAAGAGCCCCACGCGGUACCUACCCAUGGGACACAAGGAUGACAGCCACACUACCCAUCUCAGCUCCCCCAGGAACAUCGAGAAUGGCCCCUGAGCCUUGCCAAGAGGCUGAAAAAGCUGAGAGACAGGCUGCCUUAUCCCUGGCGGACCAAGAGCCGGUCAGUGACCACCCAGAGCCUCCAGCUGGCCCACCCAAAGACCCAGUGGCUCCUGCAUGCCUGAAGGACACCAAGCCCAGCUCCACGCCCGUGGUCUUCCCCAUCAACCUGCGGUUGGCCCCUGAGUCCUUGGACCCCCGCACCCUGCGGCUGCUGUGGGGUCAGCGGGAACUGGAGAUCCAGGCUUUGCGGUGGACCAUCCGGAACCGCCAGAAUGCCCGGCACUGCCACAUCCUGUACGAGGUGGCUGGACUGCCACCCGAGAGUUGCUCACACAGGCAGGAGAAGCUCCUGCAGAACCAGGUCCAGAAGCUGACUCUGGAGUUGAAAGGGCAGAAGGAACAGGCCCAACUGGAGAAGUCCCAGCUGGAGACUGAGCUGCAGGCGUUCCAGAGGUCCUGCCUCCUGCAGCUGGCCCGCUCCUCCUGGGUGGGUCGCGUGCUGCGAUCUUCCACCGGCAGUGUGGAGGUGGUAACUGCAGAAACGCUGAUGGACUCCAGUGACCUCUCUGAGAAUGAUCAGGUCCCCUCUACUGGAGAGGUAAGCAAGGCCCCCGUGUGCUUUCGUGGCUCGGUGGGCCCGUGGGAGGGGAGAGCCAUGUUCCUGUUGCUUCCUGGCCAGGGUUUCCGGCUGGAGGACGUAGACUGGAACAGCAUUGCCCAUCGGUAUCCCAACCUGCUCGCCAACAUCAAGUCCAACUCAGAUCAAAAGCUGGGUCCCAGGGGCUGGAACCACAACUCGGGGUGCCCCGCCCACCUUGGGGAGGUCAGAUGGGGGCAGGGCUGGAGUUCAGAAGCCAGAGCCAGCAGGCAGCAAGCAGGUCAGCAGACCGUGGCCCACAGGCACCCCUGGGCCUUGCCAUCCCCACCGGCCCCAGUGCCUGGCCAGUGGGGCUCGGAGCUGCAUAGAGAGUGUGUGGAACAGCAUCUCAAGAGCGUCGAGUGGCGUUCCCUGCCCUCUGUGGGCACCAGCAGCUCCGGGGGCAGGGACUCUGACCCCGGCAGUGGCUGGCUGGCUGAGCCUCAUCGCGUGCAGAAGGUGACGGGACAGCCACCCUGCGCUGCAGGCCGCAGUUCUGAGUUGACAAAACCACACGGGAGGAGCUUCGGCAGGGAAAUGCAGGCACUGCCUGAAGCCCCCAGGGCCAUCCCUCCUGCUGUGGAUCUGACCCCUGGAGCUGUUCCUCUCCCACAUGCGGCCUCAGGGUACUGCAGCCCCAUUAACUCCAGCCUGAAGAUCGUGGCCGUGAGCCGCAAGGAGAAGUUCGUGCGCAUCCUCAACCAGUCGCUGGAGGAGACCGCCGACCUGGGCGGCCUCACGCUGCGGCAGCUCCUGUACGGCUUCCCGGUGUGCAUGUACCGCUUCCCGCCGGGCACGCUGCUGGCUCCAGGGCACCACCUUACGGUUUGGGGCGAGGGCCCCAGCAGCACCAAGAAGCAGCCGCCGUCGUCCUUGGGCCAAGAGCCUGUCCACUUCCAUUCCGGCCGGGGAUGCGUGACUCUCCUCCUGAACCCCAAGGGCGAGGUCAGGGUCCUGAGCGAGCACCGGGCCCCCCACUGCGUGACCCCGGUCUCGAGGAUCUUCGCUGACAACACCGACCUCUCCGUAGACCGCUUCCCGCUCUCAGAGGACGGGCUUGGGGCCGACCCCGGGGAGCAGAGUCGCGGGCCUCGACACUCGCGCGCGGGCAGGGUGCGGGAGGCCGGAGCCAGACGCCGGAGGCCCGGGACGCGGGGCCUCUUGCCGCGGCUGAGCACCAGCAAGCUCUUCCGCCCGCGGGAGGUGCCGGCGAGGCCCGAGGCCGCCGAGACCCGCAAGCCCGAGCUCCUGCCCGCCUUGCCCGGUGAGCGCACGGGGACGCGGAGGGCGGGCGGACCGGCGGGGAGUGGGAGUCCGGCCGACCCCAUCCCGUCGCUGUCCCUCGCAGAGGCCGGGCUGUGCCUGGAGCACUGCGGGGCUAGCAAGGAGCACAGGGUCCGGGUGAGCGCGCGCGCGCGCGUGCGGGCUGUGGCGGGAUACCGGAGCUCCCGCGGGGUCCCCCUCCCGGCCCCGCCCCUCCCCUCCCCUCCCCUCCCCGCCCCUCCCCUCCCCUCCCCUGCGCCGCUCGGGCUCCGCCCCUCCAGGCCGCGCCCCCGCGCCGCUCAGGCUCCGCCCCCCCAGGUAUGCCGGAGAAGCGUGGACCGGGGCUGCCCGAUGGUAGCGCUGUCAGUGCAGAGCACGGCCGAGAGCAGAUACGGCUUCCGCUUCCUCCCCUGCCCGCCGGUCACCGCGGACCCGGGCGCUCGGGUGUAGAAGGUGGAGGGCAGCGCGGGCGUGGGCGCCCAAGGCCGAUGGGCCGCGCUGGGAGAAAGUCGUGGGAGACCAGCAGUGCCAGCUGCACAAUUUAUUGAACCAACGUCGCCU